AUGCCUUCCGACUACCAGGCGAAUAUCGAUCUAGCAGAAAAUGUUUUCCUGGAGCCGCUUGCUGUUGGAAGGAGUAGAUGCAUGGCCAGCAUCGCAUUCUCAGCUGGAAGCAUCAUUUUAUCCAACUCCUCUUUCAUAGAUGUUCUUCUACCUUCGGAAAAAGGUCAUCGAUGCGACCAUUGCCACAAUCUUUCAGGUUCCGGCUCUCUGAAGCGAUGUACGGGAUGUGCAUCUUUUUACUACUGCGACCAAACAUGCCAAAGCAAACAUUGGAAGUCCGGACAUCGCAAGAUUUGCAAGCUACAUAACACAUAUAUCUCUGCUGCGUCGUUUCAAGCCCUCGAGGAACACAAGAAGAUGGACGCUUUACUUCUCUCUAGUCUGAUUGCUCAUUUGUCCUCUGUUGAAACGAACGAGAGGGAUGAAAAUACCGCCUUCCUCACGUUCCAGUCACUCCUGCCCGGUCCUAUGACGACUUCAGCUCCUCCAAUCUGUCCCAAACACUCAUUCACAGCGGGGGUCAUUGACGGAUUUUAUUCUCGAUUCGAAAACAACAAUUUUUCCAUUCACUCGCAUUUCAACACCUACGCGCAUGGGAUUUUCCCCAUUGCUAGCCGUCUGUUUAAUCACUCAUGUAUGCCAAAUGCUGCUGUAAAAUUCAUUAUUCAAGUGCAUGAACCCGUAAAACUGGAAGUUGUGGCUCUCCGUGCAAUAUCAAAAGGGGACGAGAUAUGCAUCCCCUAUUUAGAUCCUGCUCUACUGCAAACACGGACCACCAUCUUUGAUUUGACGUAUGGAUUUACAUGCUCUUGUCCCUCAUGCAACGUUAUACGAAAAGUAGGAUUCAUUCCAGAACCUCCCAAAGAACCGGUAAGGUUCCAGGCAGUCUGCGAAAGGCUGAGAGAAUUUGUAGGAGCGAUGGGACUAAGCCCGUUUUUGACCGGGGAUGAUUCACUCUUUCCAAUUGAGUUGGCGUGUGUACUCCAUGAAUCAUUUAUAUCGACAUUAUCCGAACAAUUUAGCGCUGCCUCACACGACGGACGUUAUGAUGUCGCUCUAGAAUCCAGCUCGUCUUUAUUCGCACUCUAUCAACUCAUUUAUCCUUUAAACUAUCCACAGAUCGGUUUACAUCUACUCGAAAAGGCCAAAACGUGCUGGAAUCAGAUAGUCCGGUCCACAUCAACAAUGGAGGUAGCCGCAGAACUGAAAAACUCAGUUGUGGCUGCGAGACAGAUUUUGACGGUAAUUGGACAUGAAGGGGACCACGACGAUGGACCACUCGCUGAAAUCGAAACUCUUUUACUAGAGGCAGAAACUUAUGAUUAG